AUGGAGCAGUUUCAGGUUGUUGGUGCAGAUGGCCCUCUUGUUGUUGGAGCUGGUGAAGAUGUGAUUCUGCCCUGUUCUCUCAAACCCAACAUCAGUGCUGUGGACAUGACAGUGGAGUGGUUUAGACUCCAUACAUCAGAUUCACUGGUGCACUUAUACGAAAAUGGUGUUGACAAUAACAAAAAUCAGAUUAAGUCUUACAGAGGAAGGACAUCACUGUUUAAAGAAGAACUACAGAAAGGCAACGCUUCAUUAAAACUCUCCAGAGUGAAAGUCACUGAUGAAGGAAAAUACAAAUGUUUUAUCCAGUCUAAAAGCCGGCAAGAUGAUACUAUUGUUCAAGUCAUCGUGGAAGCUUUAGGAACCUACCCAGUGAUCUCUAUAGAGGACUUCAGCAGUUUUGAGGGACUCAGUCUACUGUGUGAAAUUAAAGGCUGGAACCCUGAACCUGAAGUUCUGUGGCUGGACAGUGAUGGAAACCUUCUCCCUGCUGAUGAUACAGAGACACUCAGAGACACAGAAAGAUUUCAUGUUAAAAAACGUGUCACUGUACAGGACAGUAACACCAACAGGUUCUACUGCAGAGUAAUACUGAGAGACCAUAUGAAGGAAACAGAGAUUGUUAUAUCAAGUAACAUUUUUGAUACCUGGAGGACUCAGGUGAUCUGGACUGUAGUUUUAGUUUUGGUCAUUGCCAUUGGGUUAAUUGUAAGCUGCUGGGCUUUUCCUAGAUACAAAGAGAAUAAGAGGAUAAUUGAUGAAGAGUUUAACAGGACACGACGAAAAUAUGCAAAGGAUGUGACUCUGGAUCCUGAUACAGCAAAUCCCAACCUCAUUGUGUCUGAUGAUGAGAAACAAGUGAAAUUUGGACAAAGAAAACAAGAUCUCCCUGACAACCCAAGGAGGUUUAACAUGUUCUAUACCCUUGGAAAGGAGGGGUUCUCCUCAGGGAGAUUUUAUUAUGAGGUGCAGGUCAAUGGGAAAACUGAGUGGGCUUUAGGAGUGGCCACAAAGUCAGUGGACAGGAGGAGUGACAAUAAACCACGUCCAGAGAAAGGAUACUGGAUUUUGAGUAUGAGGGAUGGGAAAGAGUAUAAACCUCUUGUUGAUCCCCGUGUCCUCCUCUCUCUGAAACGGAAACCCCAGAAGGUGGGGGUGUUUGUGGAUUAUGAGGAGGGUGUGGUCUCCUUCUAUGAUGUGGAGACCAAAUCACAUAUCUGCUCUUUCACUGAUCAGUCUUUCACUGAGGAAAUCUAUCCAUACUUUAGCCCUGGUAUUAGUUAUCAAGUUAUAAACUCAGCUCCACUGAUCAUCACUACUGUCAGUCGAAAAUGAAUUCUGACCAAAUCAUUUAUCGCAUUCAGCUCUUUUAAUUACGUGCAGCAAAAUAUUAAAACGUACACGUCAAAUGGUGUGACGGCUAUGUGAGACAAGUCACUACGCCAAUUUAGAAUUCACCCUAUUUGUCACAUUACAUGUCAACAUACAAUAUAUAAUAUCACAGUCCACCAUUUGCCUACCACAACCUUUUAUUUACUUUGAGUUGCUAAGUAAUGUGCAAAAACUUAGUAACUGAUAGCUUCUGCAAUUCACUACUUCCAUUUUUACCUGCCUGAGUCAUCUUUCCCGAUUGGUCCACCAAAAAAAGGAGUGGUUGUGAAAAUACAGGCUGUUUAUUGGUUUCCUAGGGGGAGAGCAGAGGAAACACACCAUUACUAACUGCCUAAGGGGACCAGAUAUCACCCUGUGCUUCCUAAUUGUUCUUUAAAUGUGUUUUGGUUUGGUUUGUUUGAAAAGAUUAAGUGUUCUACAAUUCUAAAUAAUUCUAUGUCAAUUUCAGUUGUUAUAUUUAUUUGACUGAAGCCUUAUAUAUUAUAUUAGUUAUGUUUUAUUGUUUGUCAACCCCUCUGUCUGUGGUUGGUGCUGGCCACCAAACUAUAUGUACGUAUGUGGGAGCUCCCUCUCUUUGUCGCUGUGUCUGUGCCCCUGUCUGAUUGUCCAAGUGCCAGAGAACUGGUGCGUCUGUUUUGCCAAGAGGGGUCAAGUUGUUUCUGCUGAUUUGAGACCUCUGUACAGACAGAGGCCAGGGCAGACUUUGCUUAUCUUUA